UCUAGGCAGAGUGUUUUUAAACUUUUCUUUUUUUAAACCAUGAUCCAUUGUAAGAAACACGUUUUGUAUGGCAUCCCAGUAUACCGAUACACAAAACAUGCGAAACAAAAGUUUAACAAUAGUUAUCUCUGCCAUGUGUAGGCCUCAAUUUUUUUCCAUCUUUUUUUUUGAAACUGCUGAUUCCAGAUUUCAUUCAACUAUACGAAAUUCUCUGCACGUGAACCUGUAAUUUGAAAAAACCGAUCUAGGGCAGUGCCUCCCCCUGGACGUUUUGACCCAGGCUGGAUUUAUUCAUAAUGUGAAGUGGGUAGGAGUGUGGCCACAGCUUUCUAGGUGGCGCAGACACUUAGGUUUUCCCACUGCACGGUUGACGCAUUGCUCUCCUAAGGGCUGGCAAAAAUUCCAGAGCGCGGAUGUUACUGGGAGAAGAAAGGGCAGGUGGAGCUGGGCCCAGCGCUGCAUAAACAUCUGCCCUCUUAAUGAAUUUUCCUUGCGCGGCCGUUUUGUGCCAGGCGUUGUGCGGAGUCUCAUUUCUUCUUCCGACCUCUUUUUCGGCGGAAGAACAGAUCCGCUGUCUCUACUCCCACCGUCUGACUUCGGAUAACCCCAACAGUACCCAUCUGGAGCCUGACUACGGUCAGGCGCUGGGUUGAGCGUUUUGAGUGUGUCACAUCAUUGUAUCCUCACGACGAACCUAAAAGGGAUUAUAAUCUCGCUGCUUUACAGGUGAGUAGACUUGAGGCUGCGGAGGAGAAGCGGCCAGGGCUGGGAUCUAGGUCUCAGUGUUCCCAAGCCAGUUCUUAUUCACUAACACUGGGGUGACGGUGCCGAGGUGGGGAGGAUUGUGGUGGGGUUCUAGGUCUCUGUGUCCACGGAGGGGUAACUCAUUCCCCCACGAUCCUGGGAACCGAGGCUGCGCUGAUGCUCUGUGGGAGAUGAAGGAGGUCCACACUGGCCAGGUCCCAGGGUAUCGCCUAAGGCGAUUCUCCCAGUGCUUCAACUUUCCUGGCAGUUUCCUACAUUUCCCCGCUUCUCCCGGGCCGAUUCAGCGUACCGUCACUCACCCGGGGGACCCCCGGAGCCGCCAGCUCUCCAAGAAUUGGGAAUUUCGCGAUGUUCCCUGCCCAGGCUUUGCGGAGGGCGGGGGAGUGCUGCAAGGGGCCAUCGCGCAAGUGCGGCUCCGGUCUCCACCGCAAACGGCGGGCCUCACCUGGGGCCGGAGAUUCCCGGAGAAGGCACGCCAAUAGGCGGACCUGGCCGUCCUGGCGUCCUGGCCCUCCCGGUCGCCCGGCUCGGAGACUCGCCGCCCCUGCCGACCCGCCUGCGGUGCCCCUGAGGCGCUCAGCUGCUGGGGUCUGCAGGAGGCCACACCAUGAAUGACCGAAACAGCCGGAGGAGAACAGUGAAGAAGGACAAUGAGACCUUUGAGAUUUCCAUCCCCUUCGAUGAGACGCCCCACCUAGACCCACAGAUCUUUUACAGUCUGAGCCCCUCUCGGGGAAACUUCGAGGAGCCUCCGGAGCCUGCAUCCCCGACCGUGGCCCUGAUGAACGGUGUCAGGGCCCAGCUGCACAUGGCCCUGGAGAGGAAUUCCUGGCUGCAGAAGCGCAUUGAGGACUUGGAGGAGGAGAGGGACUUCCUGAGGUGUCAGCUGGACAAAUUCAUCUCCUCCGCCCGCAUGGAUGCAGAGGACCACUGCCGGGUAAAGCCUGGGCUCCGGAGGGUUGAGGGGGACGGCCGAGGUGGGGCUGGGGGUGAGGCCUCAGACCCGGAGUCGGCUGCCUCCUCGCUCAGUGGAGCGUCUGAAGAAGGCAGUAACAUCGAGAGGAAGAGGCAGAAGCAGAAAGGAGGCACCGGCCGGCGGCGAUUCUCGAAGCCCAAGGCCCGGGAGAGGCAGCGGGUGAAGGACGCCGACGGGGUGCUCUGCCGCUACAAGAAGAUCCUGGGCACCUUCCAGAAGCUGAAGAGUAUGUCUCGGGCCUUCGAGCACCACCGCGUGGACCGCAACACGGUGGCGCUGACCACGCCCAUCGCAGAGCUGCUCAUCGUGGCCCCCGAGAAGCUGGCGGAGGUGGGCGAGUUUGACCCUUCCAAGGAGCGUCUGCUGGAGUACUCUCGCCGCUGCUUCCUGGCCCUGGACGAUGAGACCCUCAAAAAGGUGCAGGCCCUCAAAAAGAGCAAGCUGCUGCUUCCCAUAACUUACCGCUUCAAGCGGUGAUCCCGCCCCGGCCCUGGUCCAGGACACGCCCUCCGGCCCCCAACUCCCUCCCCCUCCACCCGCCUGGCACCUGGUACCCCGAGCAAGCAAGCAAGCGCGUUCAAGAGUGGUGCACCCCUCACGAGGGUAUGGGGUAGAGUGGGUGGCUUGUUUCUGCGUGUGCCUCGCUCCCUCCCCUCCUGCGGACCGCCACUCCCACCCUAGGUACUCUGUGUAUAGAUUUGCCUUCCUUGCCUUCCCCAUUCCUAGCAUCUUCUCUUUCCUCAGCAUUCCCUGGGUUGAGGGGUGGAUAGAUCCUGACUUUGCCAGGCUCCCAAGAACUACUGUCCAGGGGCUGGUUUCUACCCUUUCUUCAACACUGGCACCCCCCCUCCCACUUGAGCAGCACCAUCCUGUCCUCACUGGGUCCUUCCUCCUGGGAAAACUGCGGGACUUUGCCGGCAGGGGCACUGUACAUCCGCCCCCAGCCCCGUAGAGAGGCUGGCCCACCUGCCCGCCCUGCAAGGAGCUCCCCACCCGCAUUCCGGGACCGCCCCAAGUCCAAGUGAGAUAGAGAAUUAUUCAGAGAAUUUAAAUUAAAAAGAGACGAUAAAAUUUGGAAUAAACUA